AUCUGUGCUUCUAUGGAACACACACACACGCGCAGCGAACGCGGGUGAAGCACAUAAAACAUAUUUAGCUUAUGGGCAGUGCAUGUUGCAGUGCAGUAUUAUAAUUUGCUCUUUUUUUUGUAAAGCAAUAGUAAAAGGCAUCUGCCAAAAGUGUUAAUUCCUGGCUGAAGUUAAUCCCUAGCCACGCGAUGGCUUUCUUCUACGGUGUGUGGGAGGCGAGCGUGUAAAUCACAACAGGUGGGCCGAACUUAUGCGCAGGAAGCUUAGAAAUGCCAAGUAUAGAAGCGCCAUGUUUGGCACACCGUAUUGCGGACGGCGGACACCUUAGAUGCAGCAUGAAAAGGCAAUCUUUCCCCUUGCCAUGUCGUUUUUGAUCAAGCUUUUAAGCGAUCCUCCGAUUGAAUAUUGCUGGCAACAAUUCUGGUCGGAUGUCUGGACAUGGCUAGUGUAAAUUAUCAAAUGAAACCAGUCGUGCAGUUAAUUAAACGAGUGUUCGCAUGCUACGAGAACCAACAAUCAAAGCAUCGAAUUAGAGUGUAGAGAGCUUAUUGGGGCAGUGCCGUAACCGAGGUCCUCCUGAGAUCUGGAUAUCGAAUCCCGUCUGGACUGUUGUCUCCCGAAACACCUCCGGCUUAAUAGUUUCCGUAGGAUUCUUGCGCCAAACUUAUACAUGAUUUCUUUUCCUUUCGUUAAAGAUGACCGAAGACUGACCGCAGAUGAACAACUGCAGCUAGAAAUCUCGAGUAGCUAAGGACAGCCAAAGUAGGAGCAAUUUUUUUAAGCAAAACAUCGUAAUAAUUCGUCCCGCGAUCCCAAGCAACACACCCAGUAUUUAAUCCUCAUCGGCAGCUGACCCUGAAGACUGAAUAGCAUCGAGCCGAAAAAUGAUGCGAUGAUUCCGUACCUCCAAAGGCAAGGCGAAGCUUAAAGAGUUCACCCCAGUUGCUUUCCUCCCUUCUGUAGCAGCUUCCAAUCUGCGUCUGCUAAUUGUUAGUUUGAAUUGCCAAAAUGUCGACGCCACUGCACCGCGUGGUCGUAUGGGAGCAUGAAAUGUCCGACCAGUGCUCCUGGCUACCGUACAGCCCAUCCGUAACCCAGCUGCUGGAACGAGCGUACACGAAGAAUCUCACCCGAGUGCUGCUAAAGGAUGCUGACCCGGCAUUGGCGCUUUACGAGGUUGAUCUGGUGCAGAUGGUGCAGACGCAGCACGGUACGGUUAGUCUGCGCAAUACAAGCGUCCGACGCUGCCUCUACCCACCGAAUUCGCCCGCCGCAAUGGGCAUCAAAUGGGAAUGGUAUGGGGCGAAUCCGAAGAUAGCAUGGCAUCGCUUUCCGCUCGACAUUCAGUCGCUGAUCGAGCAAGCGUGGUCUAAGGGUGAAACGCUGCUCGAUCUGAACAACACAACGCUCAAAAAAUCGAUCCUGAUCGAUCUAGCUAGUAUGAACCAGACCGUAAGCGGGAGACGCAAUCCGAUCGUGACGCCGAUUCGGCGCAAAAAUCAAGCACCGUAUCCGUUGCUAAAGGUGACUCUUCCAACCGAUACCAUGCCCGGGAUGAGUCAAAAUAAUGCGCAUGCUAACGCGUCUAGGGGAAGCAAUGUGUCGGGCGGUGCCAGCAACCAACAGGCGAGCAGUUCCGGUAGUCAACCGCAACACUCGGGCAAACUGACGCAGAUAUUGAACAACAUUUUUGGCAGUAAAUCACAUUCGCAGACACAGAACGACUGUGCUCAGCAGCAACAACAGCAGCAGCAGCAGCAGCAGCAGCAGCAAGACCAACCACAUACUCAGUCGCACGGAUCGAAGCUUAGCACGGGACCACCGAACCCGAAUCAGCUGGCGACGCAAUCAACCGGCGGUCAAAAGCACCAUCAGCACUCGCAACAAUCAACGCAACGCAAUCGGUAUGCGUUUGCUUCCGGUCGUUCCUACCAGCACCAAAGUAUUGCUACCGAAACGGCGGACCCGGCACGCAUGCCGCAGCAACCGGAGCAGUCAAGAACAUCCCACCGGCAACAGUUUGGUGGUGGUGGCGGUGGUAGCAGUGACGCAGCUAGCAGCCAUAAAGCGCGGCGCCCAAGCGUGGACACCGUAUCGACCUAUCUGAGUCACGAAAGCCAAACGAGCAGUCGGCACCAUCUUGAUUCCUGGGAGUUUGACAUGCUGAACAGCUCGAUGGGCAGUGAUGAGGUAUUCAUGCCAAGCAAUUUCGGUCCAUCGACGGAUCAGCAUUCGCUACGUCGCCAUCCGAUUGUGGGCCCGGCUGAGGAUAGCUCAUCGCUUCCGGAUGAUCUUUUGCAGCAUAGCAAGCCGGAUGCACGGUACCAACCGGCGACUGCUGAGACGUUCCCAGCACUGCUGUCUUUGAUGAAUGACAAUGGGAAUGGAUUGCAUGUGGUGGGUGUAACGAGAGAGUCGAAGGCGAUUGCAAAGUACGUCCAGGUGGCGGACCCACCACGCUGGCCCCGUGCCCAACCGUGUCCGAUGUGUAUGGAAGAGCUGCGCCCCGGUGGUCAGAAGGUCAAUGUGGCCCUGUCCCGAUGUAAGCAUCAGAUGCAUCUGGACUGUUUGAAUCUGCUCCUGAUAAAGCAACGGCGGUUAGCCACCUCACAGAAGAAUUACUACAUCGAAUGUCCGACCUGUAUGUCGGUGUAUGGCGUUAAGAUUGGCAACCAACCGCCCGGUACGAUGACCUAUCAGCUGCUAUCCGGUGGACUUCCGGGAUAUCCUCCGACAGGCAUAUACGAAAUCACCUACAAUAUCACCUCCGGCAUACAGGGACCGUAUCAUCCGAACCCGGGCGCCGCCUUCUUUGCAGUAGGCUUUCCACGCAGAUGCUACCUGCCGAACACGCUGCUCGGUACCAAGAUCUUGUACUAUCUGGAUGUCGCGUUUCGGCGCGGUCUACUCUUCACCAUCGGACGCUCGGUCACGACCGGCGUGGAGGAUGUGGUGAUGUGGACCAGCAUCGAACACAAGUCACAGGUAUCGAUGUAUCCCGAUCCGCUCUACCUUGAUCGCUGCCUGCAGCAACUUGUUCAUCUCGGCGUAACUGAUUGAGCUGUAUAUGAAGGUCCGCGUUGGAUGCUCGUUUAGGGGAACUGUCGGUGUCUUGUCUUUAUGGAUAUAGUGAAAUGAAGGGGCAGCCUCGAAUACUCGGCAAGUGCAAUCGGCAUUUAAUGUAGUACAGUACAAGCACAGGAACACAGCCAGACCGAUUUGUCUAGAAUGACUGAUUGUACAAAUUUGAUAUGAUGAUAGAAACUGUUCUAAUUUAUCCUAUCGGAAUGACUGUUCGAUAAAAGCUCGCAAUAGUGUAAUGAUUUAAAUGUUUGGCAAUGAAAGUCCAUCGUUUUUUUUUUACAUAAAAAUCUUUAAAACAUGCAUUUAAACGUUACGGAAAAGUAUUAUACAGCCCAUUUCUUCUGUCGAAUACGGCAACCCUCGUAAAGCAAAAGACAUUCAGACUAAUAUGCGAUAGCAGGGUAUUACAAUACGUAGCUGCAACCCAGUAUUCGAUAUUUUAAUGAUGUGAUAAAAUGACUUUGCCUCAUUAUCGUCCCAACCAGCAUACGUUAGGGGGAGAGGUUUCGCGUAACUUGUAAAUGACAAUCUGUGCUUUAACAUCAAAUGGCCAUUUAGUGUAGUUUAAAAAAAUUCGUAUACUAAGCACACACACACACACACACAUACACACACAGAGCUCUUCCAGGAAAGGUUCACACCGGUUCCGUAUCCGUAAUGCAUACACAUGCCAGGUGACAAUUGUUAAUGCAACUGUAAGUCUUCCUAGCUAAAUGUUUGUUUUUUUUUUGUUUAAAUCUAAAACUUUUGGUGUUUAAUUUAUGUUCCUUUAUAGUAGUAAUAGUUUGGUAUGGUAAGUGUAGCGCAAAGAGAAAAUUCUAAUCCCAGUGGCGAUGAUAGGAUUUGUAGGUAGUAGGGAGCCAGUAGGUAAGCCAGAUGGAGUCGAAGCCAUCGAUGGGAUGAUUUGUGGAAUGAAGUACGGCACCAA